AUGGCACAUUUCAUCUUGACACCGAAAUGGCUUGGAAUGCUACGUGCGGCUCGCACUACUACGGCAAGGGAGCCGACCGCGCCGCAACAAACAGAAACAGAGAGCAAGGCAAACGACGAGGAGAUAGAACAUGACCCUACUGACUACACAAGCGACAGUUCUGAAGACAGAUCCAGUAGCAAUGCCGAGCCUGAGAUGCCUGCGGGCGAUAAUGGAGAAGACGGCACCACGGGACAUACACUGCCUAGGGAGCGUCACAGCCCCAUGAGAGCAAAUGAUGACAUCAAAGUCAUCUGGAAACACGUCGCCGAUAAGGCCACUUCCCUGACCACACAAGCCAAAGAUGCUGUGACCGAAGCUGUCAAGAAGGUCAAGAAACUUGGCUUCAUCGGUACGGCAAAGGCAAUCGGCGAAUGGAUCAAGCUACACCCAUGGGAGACCGCGCUGAUAGUGGUGCCUCUCGUCGCGCUCAUCGCCACAGCUACAGCGCUCUCGGCUACGGGAUUUGGACCAGCUGGAAUCGUCGCUGGCAGUACAGCAGCGAUCAUCCAAGCGGGUAUUGGCAACGUCGUCGCCGGUUCGAUCUUUGCGACUUGCACCAGCGCUAUGAUGGGCGGAUAUGGAGCUCCGAUAGUGUUUGGGCGAGUAUGGUUUGGAUCAACAGUCUUCAUGGCUAGUCUUGCAGUAGCCUGGAAAAGGUCGAGAGGUCGAUCACAGCGUGUGAUAGUACGUUCGAGGAGCGACUCACCCAAGACAUCCGCGGAAGAAGCCAAGCAAGCUGCUUCUGACGCCGUGUUUUGGACGAUGUGUGCAGCAGCCUAUGUGGUGUACCGGGUGAAGAGUUGGUACCGAGGACAUGGGAGAGGGGAUUCAACAGUUCGCAAGUUGAAGAGUGAAUAG